GGUACUCAUGGGCUCAAAGAACCAGCCCAACGAGCACUUCUACGCCAGCGCUGCGCAGGCCCUUAGGGACCACGACUACAACCGGACCGCAAACCAGUGCCGCUGGAGAUUUAAAAAAAUAAAGGCCAAAUUUUAUGAGGCACUGAAGAAAUUUGGGGGCGACCCCCCUCAAGGUCAAAAGCCACUCUUCUUUGACCUGAUGAGGGAGCUGUGGCAGCAAGCGGGCAGCCCUGGGCCACAGACAAGACGCAGAGAAGAAGAGACUAGACAGAGGAGGAGGAGGAGGACCGCUGGGACUCAAAGUACACCAGAGUCAUCACCUGGGGAAGGAAUGGCACCCCAGGAGCAGGGUGCAGGACAAAAGAAAAGAAAGAGGAAGAGCAAGAGGAGGAAUAGGAGGACAAGUAAAAGUACAACUGAGUCAUCACCUGGUGAACGAAGGGCACCCCAGGAGCAGGAAGCGGAUACUGAUGAUGUCUCGCCUGUCCGGUUGGUAAGCACUGCAAGACCUCCAUUGUCCUUCUCACCACCUUUUGCUGCGAGGACCAGGAGGAGGAAGCAAGCACAACGCACCUCGCCCUCCGUCUCCUUUGAGGAGCAGUCGCCUGGUUCGGCCAGAUCACCUCCAGCGCAAAUGCUUCGGGCAUCGGAAUUGGAAGAGAAGGUUGCAGAGUUGGAACGGCGGGUCCAGAGCCUGGAGCUCACCGCCACAAGACAAGCGGACUUUGCAGAGUUGGAACGGCGGAUCCAGAGCCUGGAGAGCACCACCCCAAGACAAGCGGACUUUGCAGAGCGGCUGGACAAGCUGGAGGAGGCCUUCAAGAAACUUCAAGGCUCUCCGCCAUAAAUCCUACAGUAACAUGUAGAGUAGACCUUCGCCUGCUUCGCUCAUCUGCCUGAGGAGUUUUGUCACAAAGGAACCUGCCUAAAUCUCAGAGAGCAUCUGCAGAAGAGGGACACUGAUUCGGGAACCCAAGUUCCGAUGCCCGCUUUGCCAGCAUACAUCCCCUGGGUCAAGCACCAGACAGAUCUAUGGAUCCUCCCCAGUCCUCAUCGUUGGCUGGGAUGAAUGAUCUCAGUCCUUUUGGGAGGAGAAGGCGUCAAGGCGGAGCCGUCUUCUUGUGACUUUCAGCCGCAAUGCAACGAACACACAACCCUCACAGUCCGGACGCUCCGUUGGCUGUGUUCGUUUUCAUUUCUUAACAAGCAGCGGUCAUGAAAUAAUACCUUUCUCUAUGUUUUUGUUCUGCUUAUCGUUCAAUAGGGUUCAAUAGGGAGGCGCAGGUUGCAACGUGCGUUGCGUCUUCUUACACAAAACGAGAAAUAAAAUGUUAAGGCAGGCAUGAAAA